CCAAAAGAACACUUCCUGUUGAUGCAAAAAUUGCAGCAGCAACUGUCUGACACAUCUGGACUGGAGAGGGGGGGAGGCCUGGCUGUAGCGUUAGCGAACUACUGAGGGGAAUGGACAACGUUUAACGCUAACAUUAAUGCUAAUCUGCAAGACGGUGAGUUGAGUGGACUUCAACUUUGGCUUGGACUGGUGACCAUAAUGCGUGUGUAAUGUCGGCACGUCUUUGCUCUUACAGUGCUGUCGACAAACUGGAGAAACAUAUCCAAGAAAUGGACGACGGCAGCUACAUCGAGUUUGAUGUGCCGGAGUUCAGUAACACUGUUCUUACCCAGCUCAAUGAGCUGCGGCUGCAAGGGAAGUUGUGUGACAUUAUUGUUCACAUUCAGGGCCAACCGUUUCGAGCCCACAAGGCUGUGCUGGCAGCUAGCUCACCCUACUUUCGUGACCACUCAGCUCUCAGCACCAUGAGUGGCCUUUCCAUCUCAGUCAUCAAAAGCCCUGAGGUGUUUGAGCAGCUUCUUGCAUUCUGCUACACAGGUCACAUGUCCCUGCAGCUCAAAGAUAUAAUCAGUUUCCUCACUGCUGCCAGCUUUCUGCAGAUGCAGGCCAUCAUUGACAAGUGUACCCAAAUCCUGGAGAGCAUCCACUCCAAGAUCAGCCUCCCAGUUAAUAUCUGCAGCCCCGAGAAGGACGACUCACAGAGCAGCCGCAAUGGGGUCAAUGACAGCAACCUCUUUGUAAACCCUACCCAGAUCUCCCCCCCUUACUACUCCCGGCAAAGUCAGGCAGGACACGAAGCGCGCUUUGAGCUGGCGGGAAAAGGCCUGGGCCGGGGGCGACAGCAGCAAGAGGAAGGCCAGUCGGACCGAGGCAGUAGUGAUAGUGUGUCAGAGCAUGAUGCUCCCUUGGAGGGAGAAACAGAGCAAGUGGAACUGAUUGGCAAAGAUGGGCAAGUAACAGAUGUGCAUGUGAAGGUAGAGAAGACUGAGAGGCCCACUUACUCAGAUAGUUCCUCAGCUGGUGAUGAUGGCUACCACACAGAGUUGGUAGAUGGAGAACAGGUAUUAGCUGUUAGUGUGGGGUCUUAUGGUCCUGUCAUCCAGUCUGCUACCUAUUCUUACUCAGGGCUGUCCUCCCCGUGCUUUGUCAACCUUAGCAGCUCCAGUCCUUCCCGCUCCAUCCUCAGUGGCUUCAGAGGUGGCCGAGCCAGGGCAAAGCGCCCCCUAGCCAUCCCAGCAGGGGUGCUGAGUCAUAUCAAACCAGGCUCAGAUGACAGCGAAUCAGCUGUGGGACCCACAGGGUUGGAGAAUGAUGUGCGGGAGCGUAGCCUGCGGAGCCAAUGGUACCCUUACAAUGAGAGACUCAUUUGCAUCUACUGUGGAAAGACCUUCAAUCAGAAAGGGAGCCUGGAUCGCCACAUGCGCCUGCACAUGGGAAUCACCCCAUUUGUAUGUAAAUUCUGUGGCAAGAAGUACACAAGGAAAGACCAGCUGGAGUACCACAUCCGUGGCCACACGGACAACAAGCCCUUCCACUGUCAGAUCUGUGGCAAAUGCUUCCCGUUUCAGGGCACCCUUAACCAGCACCUGAGGAAGAAGCACAUGGGAGCAUCAGAGGGCAGUAAUCAUAUGGACUCUCCAGAGAGGACGGAGGGAAGCUCAGGUCAGAAGGACCAUGAGGAUACGUCUGAGGGGAUGGCCUUUGAGGCGCAAUACGCAGAAGAGGCACCAGCCAAUGAUAUGGAAGAGAGUUCAAAAUGCAGUCCAGAGGAGGCUCAAGCAUCAAGAUGUGAUUUUUAGGUCCUGCUUCAGGUUCAGGAAGCUUUAAGAAAUGUUUAUUUUAACUCAACUUAAAGGACUUUUUUUCUUUUGGAAUCGGCUCCCUCUACUGUGGACAUUUCUUGCAUCAAGGGUUUCUGUCAUUUUUGUGAAAGUUAGAUGUUGAAUGCAGAGAGCAAAUGGGUGCUUUAUAGAAAUUUGAUUCUUUCAAGCAAAGGGAGUAACAACUUACUAUUUUUGAGGAGGUCCCAAUAAUCAAGACCACCUAAUUGAUUUCUCUUUUUAUCUUUCCAUGUUUUUUAAAUAUACAUAUUUACAGAGUUAUAUAGGCAUGUUGCAAUAAUUGAUAAUGUGAAAGCUCUGGUAAGAUGCUAGUCAUAUCACAUUUUUACCUGACCCGUUUUUGCACAUGUGGCCACAGGAGGUCACUUACUCACAAGGAAUGAUUUUUCUGCCAGUGCAAAGCUUCGUGUGACAUAUCCGUUCAAUACCUCAUGAUGCAACUACAUACUCAUAACAGACAGUAUUUUAACUUAAAUGAAACUCACCAGGUUCUACCUCAUAGCCAAGAACCUACCAGGCACAGACGUGUUCACAGUUUUAAUCCGUUUUAGGUUGUAUGUACAGUAUCUUAUUGCCAAACCCUGUAAAGAAUAUUCUCUCAACACAAAGCCUUGAUACUUAGGGGAAAUAUUCCUUGCUGAUUGUAUGGAUUAGGGACAAAGUCCUUGUCAAAUGUUUCAUGGUCAGCCAGGUUGAGAUGAUGAUUUAAGAAGGUGCUACGUUAGGAGUGCAUUACAUUUGCUAGCUUUCUUGUGUGUUUGUUUUUGGCAAAUGCCGAAAAUAGAGAGAAACUUUCAAGAUAUGAUUUAGCUGUCUUAUAACGUUUGAUCUACACAAAACACUUAAGGAUUUUAUCUCUCAUCACUACUGCAGAUCUCACUCUGUUGGCCAAGAUGUGGUUUUAGAUGCUGCCAUCCAUGUAAUGGGUGAAUUACAUCCAAACAGUGAAGUCAUUUAUAUUCCUCUAUACUCUGAUUGCAGACUUAUACUGAAUUAUUGUAUGUGUAAAUUGUUUUGUCCUGAGGUAGGCUUCUAGGUUAAUGCUCAGUGUCUAACAGAGACAGAGACCCAUUGUCAACUCAGCACAGUAGGAACAGCUCUAGAUGUGUUCACAUAAAUCUAUAUAGUAUACUAGCCUGAAUAAUAUGCAAACAGAAAGAACAAAGGAAUCUCAGCCAUUUUGACAUGGUUUUUCUUCCAUUCUUUGAAAGAGCUAUUAGGUUGUUUCCUUUUUUUCAUUCUUCCCUUACUUUUAUUAUGAGACAAUUGAUCUGUGAUCUUUGUCCUCUACAUUGGUUGGGGUCAAAUGUAGAUUUUAAAUAUGUUUGCCAUUGUCAGUCCUACUUUAUGGUGUAUUAAUGAUGGACGAGACUUCUUAACUUCGUCCCACUGUACAAAAAAUGAAGCCAAAAUGUCACUAAUACAGGCGAUGCCAUCUUGGGCUGGGGACAUCAUUUGGAGCCAAAGUCUGCACGGUAGUGGGUUGGAGACGCGGUAUCAAAGUCCCGCCCACACAGACUUGCUGCUCAGUUGCUAGCAGGACUCAGCUGUCAAUCAUGAUGUGAAACCCUUUUUUUUUUAUACCAUUAAAUAACUAAUUAAAACCAAACUUGACACUUGAACAUACAUCAGUUUGAGAAGAACUACCUAAAAUGACAGAAACCAUCUUUGGUAAAAAUGUAUUUGAGGUGUACUUGGAGGGGGCGGACCUAUACUUGACAUAUACUGCAGCCAGCCACCAGGGGGCGAUCAAGAUGUUUUGGCUUCACUUUUGGUGAGCGGUCAAUCUUUAUAUACAGUCUAUGGUGUUGACAUGUGGCUUGCAAGAUUAAGGCUAAGGGUUACAUGUUAGAGGUAGCUGGUGAUCCAAAGUAUUGAAGCACUUUGCAAUGUAAGUAGGUGGGAUGGGUGCAAUCCCAUUGAUAAAAUGUGCUCAUUCCUGUCUUAAUUCUGGUGCAGCAGCUGCGUUGCAGAGUAGUGCUCGCUUCACAGCAGUGACUUUUCCUCUGAGUAAAAAUGUUGUGAACUUGGAGGAGAGUCUGCAGUAACAUAUAUACUAUUGGAUACAAGUCAUGCAUAUGACAACAUUAUAUUUUAUCUAUACUAUUUGAACCAUGGGGUUGUGGGAAGGGGGUGUUAAUAUAUAGAGACUUGGUUUUAUUUCCAUUGUGAUUUAAAAUGAUCUGCAUUCACAGUAAAAACAUAAAAGCCGCUUAGAAGGCCUGAUUGAUUAUCCUGUCAUAUUUUGCAAAGUUAAAGCUCAGCUGGGUGGUCCCAUUUGUGCUAACCUGCUUUCUUAUUUGCCAUCCAGCUGUUUAAUGCCUUUUUAGAAGAGCACCUGCUAUAUGCUUUUAUUUUGUUGACGUAUGGUCCAUGCUAAAUUUGUGUUUGAUUCUUUCGCAGUUUUCAUGUAAUGUUGUACUUUUGUGUGGAUUUGGUGGGAGAAUAUUGCGUUUUGUUGCAAAUGUCUAAUUACGCCAAGAGCGCAGCCAUUUUAUUCCACUGAAUGUGCGGUCACCGUUUUCACUCAUUGACAGUUAAGAUAGCAAACCAAAAUGUAUGGAAUUUAGCAAAAAUCGGUAUAGCUAGCUUUUCGUUAUCUUUUUGUUUAAGGAUUCAUCACAAACACUUUUGAUCAUCAUCACCCGCAGUCUGUCGACCUGUACAAUACUUUUUAGAUGAAUGUUUACUAAGUCAAGUUUAUUUUUUAUUCGCUGAUGUGAUGUGCAAGUUUGGCAGCUGAUCUGACCUCACCAAAGUCAGUUGCUGACUAAUUUGAAUUUGCCUGACGAUUCUUGCCCUUCACCUAGACAAAAAACUAAACAAGAAAUGCAUACCGUCUUGCGUUAUUGUCAGCAAGUUUUUGUGAGUAAUGGGUACAAACUGGUAAAACUAUUUUGUGCCAACAGUUCACACCAAAGACUAAUAGGUGGUUUUUAAAAGUAAAUUUUGACUGUAUUGCAAAAUUGAAUGCUCAUUAAGAAGAAUUUGUUGUUAAUUUAAUGUAGGACUAGUUCGUUGCUACUUGCAAGGAAUGUACGUUUCCCAGCUUCUAACAAUCAGUUCUGUAAAAUUUGAACAAUUUGCUAAGAACACAUUAAGUAGCAAAGUCAUAAAUAACAUCAUAUAUUAAGCCAUACAAAAGCUGACAAUAUAAAAGUUGUGCAAUAGGUAUUGUAAUUGUUUAAAGCCAAUGUAAACAAAAGAGAGGAUACUUCACAAAAAGUGGCAUCUUAAACUUAGUGCCUUGCCACAAGCUUUACAAUUUUGAUUCUGGCACUUAGAUUCCUGUGCCUCUUGUGUUUUUGUAAUGAAUUGAAUAGCGAGAUUAUAAUAAGACAUGGCCACAUUAUUUAUUGUAUGUGGUGCCAAGAAUGAAUAGAAAUUAAGUCAGGUCAUUCUUGUCCAUUUUAUAGUUUGUUUUUGUUUUUUCAGCGCAAGUCCUGCCCCCUGUUUGCUUUUUAUCAUUUGAUUUGUUCUCUUGUCAUUGGAUGGACAACUGAUUUUGUAGCAAUUGAUAACAAUCAAAUGAGGCAGACUUGUUCCCUGCAAGCCAUUGCCCCAUGUUCAGAGACUAUACUGUAUCCCUCCUCUAACAACUGAGGACAAUCUUAGCGAUGUACUGUAGUUUUAGGCAUUUCAAUGAAGGAAGGAGAUGCAUGAGAAACACAAACCUACUUCCUGUCUGUUCUCUCGGAGCAUCUGGCAAGGGAACAGCUGCUCGGGUAUUUAGCAGAUAAUAAACAGAAUAUUUGUGGAGAAAAAAGCUUACCCUCAUAUACUAUAGCUUAAUUGCACGUUGCUCAACCACAAAAUUGUAUAAAAUUGCCAAUAGAUAAUUUCUUAACUUGAAUUUUCUUGUAUUUGUGUCAUCAACUGUGCACUUACAGGUUUUUUUUUAUUUUAUUGAUAGUAAAUACCAAUUCCAUCUGGGAAGUCUAGCUUAGCUCUCUGCUAUAAUGGCCUCAAUCACUUUGGAAGAGACUUAAAUGGUGCUUUUAGACAAGUCAGAUUUUUUUUCUCUUAUCAGAUGACUACACAAGUCCAUAUAAUCAUCAUAUGUGAAUGGAGGGGGAGUUGUUUAAAUGCUUUUCACAAACUUUAGUUCCUUAUGUGAUAUACACACACGCAUAACCAACUGAACUUGACACACACUCAAAUCGACUCUUUGCCAACUCCUAGUUCCACACCUCUGAGUGGAACAGGAGAUGCAUUAUGGGCCACAAGUAAUCAAAAGGAAGUGUUUACAGGGAAGGCUGUCAGACUACUUUUUGAAAUUGCAGCUCGUCCUAUUCUUUUUAUAAUAAACUCACUUCAGGUAGUUUACAAACACUGAUACAGGCUUAGAAAAAAAUCUUAAGUCUUCCAUAGCUUUUCUGUCAGUUUCUGUCCACUGUGUAUUUUAGAAAAAGCAAUAACCUUUUUAAAAGUGGUGUAUUGGGAUCAUCAAGCCUAUUGAAAUAUUGGCCUGUCGUAUAUCAAACAAACGGAAAUGUCAGGGAGCUGUUGAAUUGAAGUAGGACCCGGACAAUUUAAUAUUGAUUUAUUUUUUAUAUAUUUUCUGAAACUUUGGACAGGUUGACUUCCUCCUAUAUAUAAAUAAAAAAGCAGUGUUGCUUGCUGGUGUUCAAAAUGCUCAUCAAACUCCAGUGGUAGUCCGUAAACUGCAACACAAGAGCUGAGCGUGUGGCUCAGUAAUCAAGCUCAGUGGCACUGUUCAGAGUUGCACCUCCAGCUGUGUCAAAUAAUGAAAGGGAUUUUGGGCUGUAUAGCCACUGUUUGGGAGCGGGCUCUCUGUUUUCAUGUUGAGGUUCAGUGGUCUCCUUUGGCUCAUCAGGCACUGAGACUAUAGUUGUAGUUGUUCAGGAUCAGGGGGGAAGUUUUAAGUCUAUUGUUGCUUGUUCCUUUUCCAACUCCCUAAACUGCACUAUAAAGUCUCUGGCUCAUAUGUAUUUGGUGACAAGGCAAAAAAAACUUAGAACUCAGGGUAUAUAAUGUUAAAAGUGGUCUCAUUUGACAUACAUCCUAUGUCCAUAGUUUAAUUGUGCACUUCUCUUCAGGUGGGAAAACAAGUCCUCAGUCAGUGGUUCCCAAACAUUCUGCCUCAAGGUCUCAAUGAGCCCAUGUUUUCCACAGAGCUGAAGCUUUAGGAGCGCUGAAGACCAUGAACUGAGCCAUGAUAGCAGAAAUACCCCAACUCCUAUUUUGUCCACUCUACACACAACCUCACAACCCAACUGUGAACCUCAGAACUCUACUGUUUUGUACAACUAUGAAGUAAAUGAAGCUAGCUAGAACUGAUGUUGUAUCUAUUGCCAUUUAUGAAUUUAUUUUAUAGCAUGAAAUAAAAUAUAUUUAUUCAAAUUAUAUAUUUUACUCAUAAUCAUUAUGUGCUGCUUCAUUUUGGUUCUUAAGCUUGUAAAUUGCUUUUUUAUUAUAUAAAAAAUGUCAAUAGAAUAAUGCGUUUGUAAAAUAAAGACGCUGAUUUGGCUACAAUUUG